CUCAAAUCGCAAAUUCGACUGCUGCCUCCAACAUGGGGAUCCGUGGGUUGACGGCAUAUGUGGCGGCGCGACAAGACGCGUGCGCCACUGAAGUAGACGAUCUGAAGAACGUGACGCUUGGGGUGGACCUGGACUCGUUCCUGCACUUUGCAUGCCGAGAGCUUGCCAACUCGUACAAUGCGCAAUGGCUGCUGUUGGGGGGCGACGCGCGCGCGUUGUACGUGUGGGUCCGCGAGUGGAUGCAACCUUUGUUCAAGCGAAAGAUUCGACUUAAGUUUGUCCGUGACCCGCCUGGGAUGCUAAACAUCAUCAAGGACGUCACGCACGGCAAGCGGAGGGCCGAAAAGACGGACAAAACCAAGGCGUUGAUGCGCGGGUUGUUUGCCACGACAACGCCGUCGUCACCACAGGGGGUCGACGACAACAUCACUGUACCAGCCCCUCCUUCCACCAUGACAGACCCGUCGGACCUGGUGCAGUUGACCGCGGACGCCGCGACCAAUCUCAUGGACACGCAGGCCGUGUUUGCGUUUGCCCGCAAAGCGCUGGUUCGUUGUCUCAAGCAUGCCGGUUGCACCAUCGUCACGGCCCCCACGGAAGCCGACGAGACGCUGGGCGAGAUGGUGAGGUCCAAGGCCAUCUACGCCGUCGUGGCGCGGGACUCGGACUACUUGUUCAUGUACAAGAUGCGGUACAUCACGUUGUCGUCGAUUGUGGUGGAUCCAUCGAGUGAGACCGUGCGCGCGACUGUCUUCGACACGGACCAACUGGCGGCGGCGUCGGGCCUGGCGCCCGAGAAGCUCGUCGAGUGGGCGAUUGUGUGCGGCAACGACUUCACGCCGUACGUGGACCUGCACUUCCAUCUCGCGGAAGCUUUGCACUUGCCUUCGUUGCGGCAAACCCACGGCAACUACAACAUUGGGGACGCACUCGUGUGGCUACAGACUCACUUGGGCCCAUCCAACAACUGGCUGGACGACCCCGAGUUCCACCAACUCUUGGCCGACGACACUGACUUGCUCGCUCAUGUGUAUGGGAUUUACAGCUUUUACGGCGCCGGGGACCAAGUGAAAUCGCGCUUUCCGCAUGCUUCACGCCACAGCGUCCUCUCGGCGGCCGAGUGGAAGUACGUGCGCAAGCUGCUUGACAAGCUCAUGCUGCCGAGUUUUACGAUCGACGUCCUCUAUGACCAGCGCCGGUCCAUCAACAAGCGGUCCAUGUUGCUGGGGCUGUCGGCAUGUCCGAUGCUCGCGGCGGCGCGCGCCGGCACGUACGGCCUCCUAGGGCAGACUCAUGUCGAAGAGUACGAGACGUGCAUCGUGACGGGCGACCGCCUCACGCGAACGGUGCAAGUGAAUCCCUGCGACAUGGUGCUGAAGACGAUGAACCAGCACGCGAAGAGCAAGCGGGUGCACAAAGCCAAGGCGAUGGUGCUGACGUGGGUCGAGUCGAGCCCAGCAGUGCACGCGGCGAUGGCGGCGUGGCACCCGCCCAAGAAGCAGCCUGAUUUGAAAUAUGUUGGGUAUGCGCUGGGCAUGGUGCUGGCAUCGACCCCUGUGAAUCGACUGAGCUCCCCGUCGUGGAUGGCGCUGCUGCUGACGUCCGUCGUGAGCAUUUGCCUCCAAAAAGACAAGCGGGGGGGCUUUCCAUUUGCUUCGUCGGUGGGGCUCACGCGGGAACUGGUGGAACUCACGGCGCGGUUCCUGUCGUCGCUGGAAGCGCUGAGCCACGUGUUCGACAUUCUGACGCUGCAUACAGACGUCAACAUGCACGCGUUUUACUCUGCGUCGCUGGUCGUGUACUUCCUAAGCAACGGCCCCAUCUCCAAGUCCAACGUGCGCGACAUUCUCCUGGAUCCUGCAUUGGGCUUGUCGGCCGAAAACGUCAUGUCCUGCUUGUGGAGCUUUCACACGCUCAUGGCAGUGUUUGCCAAGGCAUUGCCGCCAUCAUCGGUCCCUUCCACGUCGUCAUCUUUGCUGAUGCCAUCGCAAGUGAUUGCCAAACAUGUGGACAAAAUGGCCGCUAAAGGAACGAAAGCAGCACCUACCAAGCAGAAACACAAGCCUGUUCAAGCAGCCUCAGCUCAAACACCAUCAACAGAUGACAAGUCGCCGUUGGUGUUGGAGCCGUUGGCGUGGGACGAAGACGUGGACAAGAGUUUGGUCGAGUCCAAGCAGCAGCCGCCGCCCCGGGUGGCGGACUUGCGCCAGCUGAUUUUCACGCUUCCUGUGUACAAGCACAAGGCUGAGAUUUUGCAUCAUGUUGCGACGAACCCGCUCGUGGUGAUCCAGGGCGAGACGGGAUGUGGGAAGAGCACGUCCGUGCCGCAGUUUCUGCUGGAUGAGGCCAUCGACACUGCCAACAUUUACGUGACGCAGCCGCGGCGGGUAGCGGCCAUCACGCUGGCGGCUACCGUCGCCAAAAUGCGCGGCGAAACGGUGGGCAAGACGAUUGGGUAUCGCGUGGGUCAAGUGCAAAAAGACUCUGAGGCAACGCAGAUCACUUAUGUGACGACGGGGUACAUGCUGGAGCGGUUGAUUCACAGCCCAGAUAGCGUGGACCGCGUGAGCCAUUUGAUUCUGGACGAAGCGCAUGAACGAAGCAUGGACAUGGACAUGCUGCUGCUCAUGCUCGCGACCAACUGGCACCUCUGGCCCCAGCUCAAGCUCGUCAUCAUGUCGGCAACCAUGGAUUCGUCCAUUUUCUUUCAGUAUUUCAAACCGGUGCUGCCGGUGGCCAUGGCCCACAGCGACGAACUGUUUGUAGGGUCGGCGCUCCAUCCGGUUAAGACGCUCUUCUUGGAAGAUAUGAAGCGCAUUCCUGGCUUGAAAGUAACGAAAUUGGCCGACUCGUUGAACCAAUGGGACAAGGCGAUUAUGCACGACGUGGAACUGAUGACGAAAAAGUUGCAAAACGUGGUGACGGCGCAGUUGGAUCUGUGCGUUCAAGUGGCGCACACGAUAGUACAGUCUCAGGGCGGCAGGGGGUGUAUCUUGAUCUUUGUAUCGGGGCUAUCGGACAUUCAGUACCUGCACGAGCGCUUCGAGACGUGGAAGAUGAUUGAGCUGUUUGUGCUGCACAGUGACAUCGAAAUCGACGACCAAGCCAAGGCAUUUGAGAAUGUCGAGGGCAAGCUCAAGAUCAUCUUGUCGACCAAUAUUGCCGAGAGCAGCGUGACCAUUCCGGACGUGACGCAUAUCAUCAACACAGCGUUGGAGAAGCAGAUUGUGAUUCAUUCGCAGACGAAAACCGAAGUGCUCGUGCGCUCGUGGUGCUCCAAGGCAUCGGUCAAGCAGCGAUCGGGCCGCGCCGGUCGCAUUCGCCCGGGGGUGGCGUUCCAUCUGUUUACCAAGCAGUUUAUGGACACAUGUAUGGACGAGUACACGACGCCCGAGUUGCUCCGCAAGCCUCUGGACAAGGUGGUGCUGCAGAUGAAGGCCCAGAUGCAGCACAUUGGGCUGCCGUCGGCGUUGCUGGCGAACGCGCUGACCCCCCCCGACUUGUCUAAUAUCCACAUGGCGUACAAGGUCCUGCACGCGUAUUCAGCGGUGGCAUCCCCCAGUGAAAAGGACGACAUCACUGCGUUUGGUCUGUUUUCCGUGCACUUUCCACUGGACAUUCGGCUCUGUCGACUGCUCAUGUACGGGCUCUCGGCGUUCGAUUGGGGCGUGGGUGUGGUGGAUGUGGUCAUCCUUGUCGCUGUGCUCGCAAGCCCAGACUUGCACCUGUCGCCUUCGCGAUUUCAUAUUGCGUCGGCGGCCAAGUACGUGGAAGAGAUGAAGGCGGUGUUGGCGGCCAAAUUCGAACUGCAAGAAGGGCAAGUGCACAGUGAACCGCUGGCGCAUUGGAAGUUGAUUGUCGAGUGUUUGGCGUGUCCACACAAAGGCCACGUCACGGCGCUGCUAAAAAAGUAUGCGAUAUCGUUUCGGCGUUUCCAAACCAUGCUGGUGCUCGUGGGGGAAUUGUGCGCACGGCUGAUGCGAUUGGCCAAGAAGCCGACCUAUCAAAACCUGCGUGCACUGCAGCCGAGUAUGCUGCGGCACCUCGUGCUCCUGCAAAAGUUUAGCGCGCGCAUGUACUCGCCCGACCCGUGGACGUACCAGCACGCGCCGCUGCCGCUGCUUCGGCUGUUGAUUGUACUCAACUACCCCGAUUGCCUGGCCCGAGGGCGGUUGCCUGAUACAAAACCCACCAAGGGGGGGGGCAAUUCGAAAGAAAGCAAGAAAAAGAGCCAGACGAACCAGCCCCCGACGCAGUUGGCGCUGCAGGUGGACCGCGUGUGCAAGUGGGGGCUUCAGAUCCCCCCUGCCGACUUUAAGCAGCUGGUGGCGCCGCUUAUGCUGACGCCAGAAACGAUGAACGUGGCCAAGCGCUUGGACGGGUUUGAUCUGUCGGUUUCGUCGUCGUCGGACCCGCUGCCGUUCAGCUUGUCGCUGCUGUUUUUCCUUCGCGAGAGGAAAUUCCCCGUGGAUUUGCCUGUGUUGCCGCUGUGGAUCCCCGGGCCUGGAGACCCCGACGCCCUCCGCGUCCGCUUCAAAGAGCUCAAGGUAGGCGGGCCGAUUCGGUGGCUGCAGUCGCCCAGUGGCAAGUCGCUCAACGUGAGUGGCCGCAGUAUAUUUGGACUGCCGCACACGAAAUUGGACAAGAAGAUGGUCGUGGGAGUGUUUGCCGAGCAGCUGCUUACUGGCGACGGAUCGACGCUCAUGGGCGGGUGCUGCACGCUGCUGCCGCCGCAAGUGGACACGUACUAUCCCAUUGUGAUGCUCAUGACUACAAAGCGAGACGUGUGGUUGUAUAUGGACGGUCGGCGUGAGUUCUGGACCCAGGCCAAGGUGGAUGGCGACAACUUUGCCGUGGACAAUGGCAGUGUGGCGCUGCAGCCGACGAUGAACAUUAUCAACACGGUGCGCCAAGAGCUGUCGCGGGGGUUGGUGCAGACAUUGCUAAAACGCGACGACAGCAACGAAGCAGCGAUUUCCACCAGUGAUAUGGACGCGCUGUUUGCUGUCCACACAAAGAAACUCAAGGGCAAAAUGGACUGGGUCCGUCUCACACUCGAUACGACCGUCAACGUGCCGUACCCGCCCUUCCAUCUGGAAUAACGAUCUAGUUUUCGUGAAGUCUAUGAAUAUAUGUA